AUGAGGCGUUUCGUGGAUCAAUAUCCUGAAUUCAGAAAAUUAUCCGGGAAUGUCUCCAAACACGUUGCCCUUGUUCACGAAAUCAGCAGACUCGUUGAAAUGAAUGCAUUGCUUGAUGUGUCCUUGUUAGAACAACAACUUGUUUGUUCAGACAAUAGAACAGAGCAUCUGAAAUCUCUCUUGGAUCGUGUUAGAAGUCCGACUAUUCCGAAAUUUGAGAAACUCCGAUUGGUUUUACUUUAUGCCCUCCACUACGAAAAUGAUCCCUAUCUUCCAAAUUUGAAGGAUGAGCUUCGCAAGUCUGGGAUCGAUGAUAGCCAGGUGGAAAUUGUUGAUGCUCUUUUGAGUCACGCUGGUUCAAGCUCUAGAGGAUCAGAAUUAUUUCAGAAAAAGGAUCUUUUACAAAUUGCAAGAAAUGUUGUUCAGCGAGGAUUCAAAAGCGCCCCAAAUGCCUACGCACAACAUGUUCCGUUUUUAGCAACUCUUGUUGAAUCACUGAUAAAGGGAAGAGUCAAAGAAACUCAGUACUCAUUCAUUCCAAACACGACGGCAACGUACCAGGCUAUGGGACGGUUUUCCGGGGCAUCAAGUUCGACGGAUCAUCCCUCUGAGAUCAUUGUUUUUGUGGUUGGUGGUGCAACAUUUGAAGAAGCAUGCACAUUACACCAAUUAGCUGCUCAGCAUAACAUUCGCAUCGUUCUUGGAGGAACGACAAUUCAUAAUUCAAAGACAUUUUUGGCGGAUGUUGCGCAGUUGAACAAGUCGGCUCAUCAGCCACGUCGACCUGGACUCACUUCCUGGGAUGCGAAUGAAGCUCAGCGUUCUGAUUCCUGCUCCAUUCCAAUAGAUCUUUCUGGACAAGAAAUGGUGCCAAUUAAUGCUUUUUCGAGCAAACCUGUGUUGAGUACUCGCGAAGCAGAACUAGCACUGAAGCAGGAAUUUUUACGACAGAAGUGGUGA